AUGCUCAGAUUAUCCUCAAACUCCUCAGAUUAUCCUCAGACUACUCCUCAAACUCCUCAGUCUAAUCCUCAGACUCCUCCUCAGAUUAUCCUCAGACUCCUCCUCAGAUUAUCCUCAAACUACUCCUCAGUCUAA